ACGCUCAAGACGCCACGCGUCUGCCGAACCGUUUAAGGAACGCCGCGCUUAGUAUCUGAAAAUUAUUAAAAUUCGAAAGACCCAACCCCGAAGACUGAAAGCGAAAUCAAAAAACGAAAAUCAAACUCACAACCCAAGAGCAAUUUCAACGUUAAGUGAAAUCCUGUAGACCGCGAACUCUAGUCCACCUUUUUGUUCCGAAUAAUUGAGUAACCAAAACCAGAGAAACCCGCAUAAUUAGCGUUCAAACAAGAAAAACCGAGCCCGAGUACUUAAUCAAAAAAGAUAAAUACAAAUCAACCAUAGACGCGCACACAAACAAACCAAAAGCGGAAGCUGUCCGCUGUGUGUGUGGGUGUGAGGUCCUCAGGAACUCAGGUCCUCAGGAACUGGGGAACAUCAUCAUCAUCAGCAUCAGCACCAUUGGAAUCCUCGCAUCCUUCGUGGUCGCCGCUGCUGUCGUCAUCGUUGUCACAUCUCGGCAUAAAUAUUUAUGUUGACGAAUCUACCUGCGGCUGAGCGUCGCUAAUGAAGCGGGCAAAAUGAAAAUGAAAGGACAUAAUUAUGCUUAUGUUUUACGUGUUAAGUGCUUGGCAAGCACGAUUACGGCGCUUUAUCACCCGCAACAGCGGCAGCAACACGAACGACAAGCACGCCAGCAACAGCAACAGCAACGGCAGCAGCAGCAACAGCAACAGCAGCAGCAACAGAGUCAACAGCAACAGCUGCGACGGCAGCAACAUCACCAGCAGCAGGAGCAGCAGCAACACAUCGCGCUGUAGUCACACCCACCAGCACAUACACAUCUAGAUACAUAUACUGUCAGAUAAAUACACACGAGAUGCUGAAAACGGUGACAACAGCAAUGGCUGCCGCCGAUGACGAUGUCCCAGCGAGCAUUUUGGAAAUUGAACUGCCAGCCAUUUUGCUCAACGAGAGCCUCUUCAUCGAGCUGAAUGGCAAUCUCACCCAGCUGGUGGACUCUACCAGCAAUCUCAGCCAAAUCGCCUGGAAUCGCACUGCAAACGGCAAUGGCAAUGGCAGCAGUAACAUUUUCGACCUGGACGACGAGCAGCGGGCGGCGGUCGAGUUCUGGCUACUGAUCAAAAUGAUCGUCAUGGCCGUCGUGCUGGGACUCAUGAUACUCGUGACCAUCAUAGGCAACGUCUUCGUAAUUGCCGCCAUUAUACUCGAGAGAAACUUGCAGAAUGUUGCCAAUUAUUUGGUUGCAUCCCUGGCAGUGGCUGAUUUAUUUGUUGCCUGUCUUGUCAUGCCGCUUGGCGCCGUCUACGAGAUAAGUAAUGGAUGGAUAUUGGGACCGGAACUGUGCGACAUUUGGACGUCUUGCGACGUCCUUUGCUGCACAGCAUCCAUCCUGCACCUGGUGGCCAUUGCGGCGGACAGAUAUUGGACGGUGACCAAUAUCGACUACAACAAUCUGCGGACGCCGCGCCGCGUAUUCCUCAUGAUUUUCUGCGUCUGGUUUGCGGCCCUGAUUGUUUCCUUGGCCCCCCAAUUUGGCUGGAAGGAUCCGGACUACAUGAAGCGCAUCGAGGAGCAGCACUGCAUGGUGUCGCAGGAUGUGGGCUAUCAGAUUUUUGCCACCUGUUGCACUUUCUAUGUGCCGCUGCUGGUGAUUCUGUUCCUAUACUGGAAAAUCUACAUAAUUGCCAGGAAGCGCAUUCAGCGACGCGCCCAGAAGUCAUUCAAUGUCACCCUAACCGAGACUGACUGCGAUUCCACGGUGAGGGAACUGAAGAAGGAGCGCGGCAAGCGGCGGGCGGAGCGGAAGCGGUUGGAGGCGGGGGAGCGGACCCCGGCGGGCGGGGAGGCGGACUCGCAGCUGCAGCGGCGUGCCCGCAAGCGGAUGCGCAUAUGUUUUGGCCGCAACACGAACACGGCCAAUAUAAUUGCCGGAUCGGAGGGGGCGGUGGCCAGAUCGAUGGCCGCCAUAGCCGUGGACUUCGCCAGCCUGGCCAUCACGCGCGAGGAGACCGAGUUCAGCACCAGCAACUACGAUAACAAAAGCCACGCGGGCACCGAACUCACCACCGUCUCCAGCGACGCGGACGAUUACCGCACCAGCAACGCGAAUGAAAUCAUCACGUUGUCGCAGCAGGUGGCCCAUGCCACGCAGCACCAUCUGAUAGCCUCGCAUCUGAACGCCAUAACGCCGCUGGCCCAGUCCAUCGCCAUGGGAGGUGCUGGCUGCCUGGCGACGACCUCGCCCUCGGAAAAGCUGGGGGCAGUAGGCGGAAAUGGAGGUGACGGGGAGGCGGCCGGAACAGAGGGCAUCAGUCCCGGAAAGAACGCCGGAGUGGGCCUGGGCGGAGUGCUGGCCAGCAUCGCCAAUCCGCACCAGAAACUGGCCAAGAGGCGACAGCUCCUGGAGGCCAAGCGGGAGAGGAAGGCCGCCCAGACACUGGCCAUCAUCACCGGGGCCUUCGUCAUCUGCUGGCUGCCCUUCUUCGUGAUGGCCCUCACAAUGAGCCUGUGCAAGGAGUGCGAGAUCCACACGGCGGUGGCAUCGCUGUUCCUCUGGCUGGGCUACUUCAACUCGACCUUGAAUCCGGUCAUUUACACCAUCUUCAACCCAGAAUUUCGACGGGCCUUCAAGAGGAUUCUCUUUGGCCGAAAGGCUGCUGCCCGUGCGCGCAGCGCGAAGAUUUGAUUUCAACUGAAGGAUAACGAGGACCAGUAUUUGUAAUUAAGGUCGAACGAGGAUGAAGCCGAGGUCGGAAUUUACUGGAAUGCAAUGUGCUACGGAAUUGGCAUUGAUAUAGGGCGUAACUAGCAAGUACAGACGAUGUUUUAGCAGUGACAAUCCUAACUAGCUGUAACUAACUAACUAACUAAAAUUCCUCACCACACAAACGUGCCCCAAAAAGACAAAACCCGAAGAAACAAUACAAAAUUGUAACCGAAACCAAUCGAGUAAUGGAAACUUGGAAUUAAACUAGCGGAUACUCACUAGAUAUAAGUAAUGCGUAUGUAAUUUAUAAAUAUUUCUACAGUCUUCCCUGUGUCUUAAAGAAAUCCAAGCGUAGUACGUUUAGAAACCCUAGAACCCUAAGUAAGAGGAUGGAAUAGUGAUCGCAGAUCGAAAACGGUGAUCGGUUAUAGGCUGGGUCCAAAGAACUUCUUACGCUUUCAUAUUAUGUGUUAGUUAAAGUGUUUAGUUGUUGUAGCCUAAGCAGAGGAAUGCUCAAUUAUUUCAAUUGGAUAAGCACAUUUACAUAGAAGUCAAUAUCAAAAAAUUAACGAAUUUACACCGAAAACCCAUCCACAAAAUGUUGCAUAACACCAUAGGGGUAAGCCACCGACGUCACGGCUAAUUAGGCAAGUACACCCAACUUAAUUCUGCAAAAUUAGCAUAAAUCCAAAACCGAAAGUUAAACUUUUGUUGCUAAUAUUCCCCUCACACACACACACACAUACGUACCAUUGGAGAGCCAGGAAGCCGCAACAAAAAGUUUCAGCCAUGAUACAUGAUAUGCAGUUAUGCGCUACACGCAUUCAUACCUAGUGGUUUAUCAUAUAUGUAGUAUAGUAUUUAUGGUUCAAUUUUUGAAAAGUUUUCUUGUAAAUAAACGGACUUACAGUUUUAGCAAAUAGGAAACCCACAGAACCCCGCAACCACAACAAGAGCAACAACCACUCGAAAAACAACUAUAUAUACAUGUGGGUCUGUGCGAAAGGGCCAUUAAGUCAAUGCUGCAGUUGAAACCUAAUACGCUUCGGUAUGCACAUAUAUGCAUACCUACAUAUGUCUAUCUCGAUAUGUAUUUGUAAGUUGAAUAUUUGUGUGUACGUGUGUUUAUGCCACUUCUCGAUGUGUACUUGAUGUCAAAGUUAUUAAAAUUGUGUUUUAUCAAAAGCGUA